CUUGCUCCCACGGCUAGAAGAGUAACUGCUGCAAACAUAGUGAGGCCUCGCCUGAGGAGGAGCUGUGUGAUGGAGAGACGUCCACCCUUCAGCUGCUGGACCCUGCGUCCACCCUGCCUCCCCGGGUUCCCAUCAUGGAACUCAGUGUUCAGAGACAUGUAGCCUUCUACUGACUUGGGGAAAAGAUUUGUUGAGACAUGUGUUAAGCAAACAGUGGUCAAACUUGGUCGAAGGAUAGCUAAAAAAGAAGGAAAAGCAUACAUUUCCAUAAAAUAACAUUUGAUGAAUUGAUGCUAAUGUUAGCUUUAGCAGGCAGCUUACACUCCCAUUACUUUAGGUCAGGCAGGGAGCAUCUGAGCUAAAUAAUGGCCUGGUCGUGUUUUUCUGCGCUCGUUCCACAGCCUGCAGUCAAGCAGAAACAACCAACUUUCAAUUUCUCUAAUUCCUGCAUGCAACAAGUCAAUGUUAAAAGCUCAGUUACUGAUUCUGAAGAGAAUCAAGGGUUCCACAGUCUGUUAGUGCCACAGCCGGCUCCACAUUCAAACAAAAACCAAAACAGAGACGAAGAAUGUCCCUUCAUGCAGUUAUUCAGUUACUCUCAGUUUAGCAGCAAACAUGAGAGUAACACUCAGUGAAAGUCCUAUGCAGUAGUAUCCAGUGAAAUUGGCCACAGCUGGAGUCCUCUGUUCGCCCUUGCCUAAGAAGAUGCCCAUGCACACGCAGUCGAGUGAAACAGACAGAUCACUUAUUAUUAUGCAGUCCUGCUCCCCUGGCCACCAUGUUGUAACUAAUUCACUGACUUGGAUGGAUACAAUUUUAUUGCAAGCAGUCAUCAAGUGUGAGACCAGGCCCAAAAUCUUCCUGAGACAAGGUUAUGUAAAUAAUUAAGCCUUAGUCAAUAUUGUAGGCAGUAAUAACACAAACACAAACAAAGCCCUGUUCCUGCAGCGAUUCCACUAAUCAGCCUGCAGGGGGCGAGAGAAACUCAUUUAUGCUCAGAGAAUAGACAAGGUGGUCCUUUGAAGUUACUGUAGGAACUUUACCUGCAGAGAAACAUGGCUCGAUAAACUGUUUUUUUUUUUUCUCCAUGUAUGAACAGCUUAUUGUGCAGGAGAAAAAUAAAGAAUUAAUAACGAAAAAUUUGAAGAAUUCACACGUAAUGGUGAGAGAAAAAACUCAGUGCGGACGUCCAUCCAUCACUCUGUCUGUGAGCAGGCGACGUCAGCGUGGCUCUCUCUGACUCCCUCAGGUGUCUCCUCCCUCCUCCCUCCUCCUCCUCCUCCUCCUCCUCACACAGGCUGAGAUCCUGGACCGACCCGAAGCCUCCCUGACAGCUGCAUACAGCGGUGCACCGAGCAGAGCAGGAAGUGUUCCAGUUGAAUCAUGGAGGGCAGCGGACAGGGCUCACAUCUCCCUCCUUCUUCAUGGAGUGAAUGUUUUGUUAUAAGGCGGAUCCGCAUGAUGAUCCCUGUUGGUUUCAACACAGAAAUCAGAGAGUUGUGUAAACUGGCCGGACCAGUGAUUGUAUCCCAGUUCUUGAUUUUUGGACUGAGUUUUAUCAGUACUGUUUUCUGUGGCCAUCUGGGGCGGAUAGAGCUGGCAGGAGUGUCUUUGGCCAUAGCAGUUAUUAAUGUUACAGGUAUAUCUGUUGGAAUUGGCUUGGCAGCAGCUUGUGAUACUCUAGUUUCUCAGACCUUUGGGAGCAAUAACCUCCUCAGAGUUGGGGUCGUUCUACAGCGGGCGAUACUCAUUUUGUUACUGGCAUGUUUUCCCUGCUGGGCGAUCCUCAUCAACACAGAACCCAUUCUGCUGGCUGUCAAACAGGAAGCAGCAGUGGCCAGGCUGGCUCAGCUGUAUGUGAAGAUCUUUAUGCCAGCGCUUCCUGCUGCAUUCAUGUAUGCAUUACUCUCAAAAUACCUACAAAACCAGGGCAUCAUUUGGCCUCAGGUAAUCACGGGUGUUGUGGUUAAUAUUCUUAACGCACUCAUCAACUACAUUUUCCUUUACCAGUUAAAUCUGGGAGUAGCAGGUUCUGCAGCAUCCAAUGCCCUUUCCCAGUUCUGCAUGGCAGGACUUCUCUAUGCUUAUAUCCUUUGGAAAGGUCUUCAUAAGGCCACCUGGGGAGGUUGGUCUAAAGAGUGUCUGCAGGACUGGAGCUCAUUCAUUCACUUGGCCAUCCCCAGCAUGGUCAUGUUAUGUGUUGAGUGGUGGAUGUAUGAGAUUGGAGGUUUUCUGGCAGGUCUAAUCAAUGAAGCAGAGCUUGGAGCUCAGUCAGUUGUAUACCAGAUGGCAAAUAUGGCAUACAUGUUUCCUUUAGGUUUUAGUAUCGCAGGAACAGUAAGAGUUGGAAAUGCCUUGGGAGCUGGAGACACUGAGCAGGCCAAGCUGUCUGCUAAACUGUCAAUAUUCUGCGCAGUGUCAGCCUCUGUAUGCUUGUCGAUUGCAAUUGGAAGCCUGAAGGACCAUAUCUCUUAUGUCUUUACAUAUGAUGAACAAAUCAGGGAAAGGGUUGCUGAUGUCAUCACUCUUUAUGCACCAUUCGUCCUCGUAGAGGCAACAGCAGCUGCCAUGGGUGGCGUAAUGAGAGGAGCAGGUAAACAGAAAGUUGGAGCUAUUUGCAACAUUGUGGGAUAUUAUGGAAUUGGUUUUCCUAUUGGAGUGUCGCUGAUGUUUGCAGCCAAAUUAGGGAUUAAGGGUCUGUGGACAGGCCUGUUUACCUGUGUGUUUCUGCAGUGCACAUUUCUGUUGUUCUAUGUGACAAGAUUAAACUGGAAGACAGUGACAGAUGAGGCUCAAAUCAGAGCAGGAGUGCACGGGGUCUUCAAAGAUACAAGUAUCCAACAAGAUGAUGAAGGGAACUCAUGCGGCUACACAGACACCAUUGACCUGGCUGAACCUGAACGUGGAUCAGCAAAAAGUCCAGUGGAGAAGCAGCUCUCCUACAGGGAACUGGUGCUGCGUAGGGGCCUGGCUCUGGCUGUCAUGCUAUUUGUCCUGGCUGUUGGAAUUAUUAUAAACCUGCUGAUCAUGAACUUUGUCACAUGAAUAUGAAAAAAAAAUCUAUUGUAUCCAGUGAAGUAGCUCCUUAUCCAGCAGUGCUCUGUGUGAAUCUACCAGUGAUUUGCUCUCAACCACAUUCUGUCAAACUCUCUUGAGUUUGUAUUCAAUACAUUAAACAGAAACAUUGUGGUGAUCUGGGA